AAAAAGGACAGUAAAGGUAUUUUGUCCGAUGUUAGAGAGAAGACUCGUUGUUGUAGCAGUAGCAGUAGAGUCGCCUCCCCGGUACACUUCUGACGUUCAUUGAUAUCCUCACACUCACAAAGUCUUCUUGCCAUUUUUAAGCGUGUGUCAACCGUCAACCAAAACGCCGAAGCUUGAAAUAGAAGAAGAAGAAGAAGAAGAAGAAGAAGAAGAGAGAGAGAGAGAGAGGAUUCAACUUCUAUUUCUAGAGAGAGAAACAAACAAACACGAAUAAAUGGAUAACAAUAAUAAUAUUAACGAUGAUGAGCUCAAAAUCAAAACCAAUUCUAAAGCCUUAAAUUCUCAAAACCCUAGUAAUAAUAAUCCACCUCUUCCCGGAACCACCAGAGAAGAAGGCGAGCUCUCUUCUUCCGAAGACGACGACGACUCGAUUGCACCUAUAGGGCCUACUCCUGUUCCUCCAUUCAACAAAGCCGUCCAGCUCAGGCAUCACAUCUCAUUCGCAGGUAAGGCUACUUUUUCCAAGAAUCCUGCAAAGUCUGUUGAUGUUCAGUCCCGUCCCUCUCUGCAACCAAAUAAUGACAAGAGCUUUGAGAAGAAUCGAGUGCCUCUUAAAUCUGCUAAUUCUGGAUGGCAUGCGCCUCCAGGGCCAAAUUCUAACCUAGUAAUAAGCUUCUCAGAUGAUGACACAGGAAGUGAAUCAGAAGAUUACAAAUCUGGGAAAGCUUUAGAAUACAAACAGAAGACUGCUGGAGUGGACAGUAAUCAGAGACCACCUUCUUCUCUUUUAGCAGCAAAAUCAAACAAAUUACAAUUGACUGCCAGAAAUGUAAACAAAGUGAUGCCCAAGAAGUCUCUUAGUCGCACAUUUAACUCAGCAACAACAAAGAUUAAUGGAGGAGCACAUUCGAGGGGUGCUGGGUCCUCAUCAGUUGAUCAAAUAUCUCGAGUUAGAAAUUUUAAUACCACCAAUAGAAACUUGUCUAACCAAGAGUAUGGUUCUGAUCAAGGUCUGGGUAUGAACAACGCUAAACUUCAGGACUUGAGGCUGCAGAUUGCACUUCGAGAAAGAGUACUGAAGCUUAAGGCUGCCCAUCAGAAUAAGGAAUCUGCUUCGGUUUCAGGAAGGGAUUACAGUUUUGUGAACUUAGCUGCUCAUGCAACCAGGACAUCUAAUGCAACCUCUGUAAGAGCUCGAGAAUUAGAAGCAAAAGAGCAGGAUAACAAACGUUUAAAAAUCAUGGGUUCUACCCAGCUAGCAUCUGAUAGGCAACAAGAGAUACAUGCUGUAAAAUCAACUAUUCCAUUGAAAGAGCAAGCAUUGAGAAGCAAUAGUUUGCUGGAUAGAGUUAUGGUUCAUCGUGGCCUAAAAGGAAGUCCCACAAGAAGGACAGAGUCAAGUAUUGUUAAAUCGAAAGAGCAAGUUGAUAAGCGAGUGGAUACUUCAUCAGAGAGUUUACCUAGUGGAUUAAAAGAAGGGGUAAAUGUCAAUAUUAAUCGCAUUCAGACUGACAGGUGCAAUAUGCAGGUGGAACCUUUAACAAAUAUCAAAUCAAGUGUGUUGCUGAAGUAUACAAACAGUGUCGAGUUGAAUCAACCAGUUAAGAGUGGUGGACACCAGCCCCCAGGUUCUUUUUCAAAGACAACAAGUGGUGAACAGCAUUUAAUGAGCGGUGGUGAGGAUCAUGAACACAUAUUGAAUGAUAGGAGAGUUGGUGAAGCAUUGAACAAGGUUUGUCAGGCAUCUUUGGACAAUGGAAACCCGUGGAAUUAUUUUGGUGCUCUAAAUGUCUCAGCACAUAAUAAUGUAGAUAUGAAUUCGUUAGUUGAAAUGGAGGAAUCAUUGGACAAGGAGCUUGAGGAAGCACAAGAGCAGAGGCACAUAUGCGAAAUUGAAGAAAGAAAUGCGCUUAAAGCUUAUCGAAAAGCCCAGAGAGCUUUGGUUGAGGCUAAUUCUAGAUGUGCUGAACUCUAUCACAAAAGGGAACUGUACUCUGCUCAUUUUCGAUCUUUAGUUUUGAAUGACUCCACUUUGUUAUGGUCCACGAGAAACCGUGAACAUGUUGGGAUUGCCCUGAACCAUACGGACAAUGGAUCUAGAAAUUUGGAACUAAUGCCACCUUCAAGCCAUCCGGAGAGGCCUGAUUAUGAUGGUCGGAAUCAACCAGGGUUUGAUUCAAACAUCCAGUGUGCCAGUGGAGCUCCACUGAGAACACCUUAUAUGCAUGCUAAUGGGCAAAAUUUGGGGUCUGAACCAUGUAGUGAACCAGAUGCAAGCACGUCUGAGCCAUUGCAUCUGAACCGCAAAACUGCGUUAAACAUAGGAAGUUCUCCUUCAAAUGAUCCUAAUUUUUCAGCAGAUGAUGAUGAGGAGACAUCUCCAUUAGACCAUGAAACUGUGCAACCCAAUUACAAAAUUCAGCAAAGAGAAGAAAGUUCUGUGGGAAGGCAAAAAGACAGCAUCAAUCAGUUAAACAAAAUAUCCUCCGAUGAUUGUUCCCCAGAUUCUUUGACUCUUGAGGCAACAUUAAGGUCUGAACUAUUUGCUCGGCUAGGAAGGAGGAAUUUGUCAAAGAAUAGUAGUUCGCUUAACCUAGAUCCUGCAGAUGAGCUGGGGACUGAAAAUGACAAUGGUAGUGAAAGAACUCAGACAAGCAAUGGCAGUUUUUUGGUAUCAGAAGAAGAAAGAAAUCAGGAAUUUGAUCUUGGAGGUAAUGAUCAGCAUGAGAGAAAUAUUUCUGGAGUUCCUGUCAAUAUCCAGAACCAGAGAAAGAAUGAUGAUGAAUAUUUUAGUAUAUGUCAUCUGUCAGCAACUAUCAUAUAUUCACCUAAUUUGGUUUUGAGGAGCGCAUUUGGUCAUAUGAAAGACACGUUUGCACUCACUUCAACAGGAUUCCAAAGUCAAAAAAGUGAACGAGAUGACACUUGUGAUUGUAACGAUGAAGCUGGUUCUAUCAACACUGAGGAAAUUGACCAUGGCAUUACCAUAGCAAACCCUAUGGAGGAGAGUGCUAAGGAUGUAUGUGGUAAUGAUUUUGGCUCUUUUACCUGCAAUUUUAUAGUUGAUCCCUUUUGGCCACUCUGCAUGUAUGAACUCCGAGGAAAAUGCAACAACGAUCAAUGUCCUUGGCAACAUGUUAGAGACUUCUCCAAUGGGAAUGUAGGGAAACAUCAGCAUGAUACUUCUGAUAGUUCUGACUGUCAGGUUGGAUUAACAUUACAUCAAAAGAAGUGCAACGGUGGAACACUUCCAAAUUCUCAGUGUGUUUUGACUGCACCGACUUAUAUAGUUGGCUUAGAUAUUUUGAAAUCUGAUUCACAUUCAUUUGACUCUGUUGUCACAUGGGGAAAUGGACAAUGCUGGCAGAAAUGCUUCAGUAUCUGCAUAGCUUUAUCAAAUUUACUGCAAAAAGAUUUGCCUGCUGAUGAGCCCUUUUUGCACGGCAGUGAUGGUCGUAUAGAGGUUCAGAAGAAUUGGGACAAGCAGUUAUCAUACUUCCAGAGUAGAAACAGCAUAGUGAAUCAUCUGAAUCAAAUGUUACCUUCUAAUUUGCAAUCUGUGGAAGUGGCCUUUCUUAUGCUCAAUCAGGAAGUAAACAAACUAGAGGGUAUGAAAAAGGCUCUCUCUGUACUUUCACGAGCUAUUGAGGCUGAUCCCAAAUCUGAAAUUCUGUGGAUAACAUAUCUCUUUAUUUAUUAUGGCAAUGUGAAAUCAGUUGCGAAGGAUGACAUGUUCUCCUAUGCGGUCAAACACAAUGACAGGUCUUAUGGAGUUUGGCUUAUGUAUAUCAACAGUCGUACACGUCUUGAUGAUCGGUUAGUUGCAUAUGAGUCUGCCCUCACAGCACUUUGCCACCAGUUAUCAGCUUAUGAAAAGGAUGAGAUGUAUGCUAGUGCAUGCAUCUUAGACAUGUUUUUGCAGAUGAUGGACUUUUUGUGUAUGUCUGGGAAUGUCGAGAAGGCCAUUCAGAAAAUAUGUGGACUCUUUUCUGUGGCAACUAAUUCAGAUCAGUGUCAUUGUUUGCUGCUCUCUGAUAUCCUUGCAAGCUUAACAAUCUCUGACAAGUGUAUGUUCUGGGUUUGUUGUGUGUACUUAGUUAUGUACAGGAAAUUGCCAGAGGCUGUUGUACACAAAUUUGAAUGUGACAAAGAACUCCUUGCCAUUGAAUGGCCUUGUGUUCAUUUAUUAGAUGAAGAUAAGCAGAUGGCUACUAAACUCGUAGAGAUGGCAAUGAAUUUUGUGAAAUUGUAUGUGAAUAGUGAAUCAGUCGUAAACGAGGCCAGUCUGAGAUCACUGCAAUAUUUUGGUCUUUGCCAUACUAGAUGUGUGGCAGCACUUCAUGGUUUAGAGUGCUGUAGGAGUCUGUUGGAUGAAUAUAUGAAGUUGUACCCAGCCUGCUUAGAAUAUGUACUUGUAUCUGUGAGGGUUCAAAUGACUGAUUCUGAGGGGUUUGAGGAAGCCCUUAGGAACUGGCCAAAGGAAGCCCCAGGAAUCCAUUGCAUCUGGAAUCAAUAUAUUGAAUAUGCCCUCCAAAAGGGAGGUCCUGAUUUUGCAAAAAGAGUAAUUGUUCGUUGGUUCAACUCAUUUUCAGUAGUUCAAUAUUCUCAAAAAGAAAAGUUGGAUGCUAUAGGUACCAGUAGCUCACAUGCAUCCUUGGAAUUGGCUUCAGCAGAAAAUACAGACUUCUUGACAUCCAGUUCUAACCACUUGGAUCUGAUGUUUGGGUAUCUUAAUCUCUCUAUUGCUAAAUUGUUGCAUAAUGAUCAGAUUGAGGCUCGUAAUGCCAUUGACAAAGCAUUCAAGGCUGCUGCUCCACCAUUCUUUGAGCAUUGCUUGAGAGAACAUGCCAUGUUUUUGCUUAUGAAUGAUUCACAAUUAAACGAAGAUGCUUCUAUCAGUAAAUGCCUGAAUGUAUUGAAUGGUUAUUUGGAUGAUGCCCGGGCUUUCCCUGUUUCUGAGCCAUUAUCUAGAAGAUUCAUUAACAAAAUAGAGAAGCCAAGAGUGAAGCAGUUAAUUGGUAAUAUGCUUAGUCCAGUUUCAUUUAAUUUUUUUUUAGUGAACUUGGUUCUUGAAGUGUGGUAUGGACCUUCUCUUCUACCCCAGAAUUUUAGACAGCCAAAGGAACUGGUUGAUUUUGUUGAAGCCAUCUUGGAGAUAGUUCCAUCUAACUACCAACUAGCUUUUUCUGCUUGUAAGCUGUUGAGCAAAGGCGAGAACUUUAUUGAUGUUCCUUCUGGCAGUAUGUUGUACUGGGCAAGCAUAACCUUGGUCAACUCAAUAUUUCAUGCUAUCCCAAUAGCUCCAGAGUAUGUAUGGGUUGAUGCUGCUGGUUUUUUAGAUGAUAUUGCAGGUAUUGAGUUAAUCUGUGAGAGAUUUUACAGGAAAGCUUUAUCUGUCUAUCCAUUUUCCAUCAAACUGUGGAAUUGCUAUUAUAACCUGUCUAAGACUAGAGGACAUGCGACCUCUGUUUUAGAAGCGGCAAGAGAGAAGGGCAUUGAACUUGGUUGAAAUUUUGUUAAAGAAGUGCAAGUCGGAUAGGAUCAGCUUUGAGUAAAAUUUAUCAGUGGCCGGUUUCAGUAGUCGAUAAAAGGCAGAGGCUGAUCUGUAUAGAUGAUGCAUUGGAUCUGUUAGUUGAACACAUUUUCCUUUAUAAGAUGUGAAACUAGGAUAACUGAAAUGCACAGGAUAGGAACAUGAUGAACAGGUUUUAAUUAUAGGUGUGAAGAUUGUUUUUCCCUCCUUUUGCUCAGCCUCGUCAUAAAUUGUUCUUCUUUCCCAGUAUACCACAGUUUGAUGAUGGCUUUUACCACACUUUUGUCUUUUGCUUAACUGUAAUUACCGAGAUUUUGUAUUGAAUACAAAUUGAUAUAUAGUUGAAACGAAUACAUACUUUUCUGUGA